AUUCCAUCCAACAUUUUUACACACAUUUUUGCACGCAUCACAGGCCGAGAUGGAGGUUGGAGAUCGUUGUGCAUCGCCUCGUCGAAUCGCGGAGAAUCGGGGAGGGACGAGGAAUCGUAUCUGCGCUAUCACGGGGACGUGGCAGUGGUCGACGAGACGUUGGGGAGUCUGGCUGGAAGGGCGGCGGAGAGAUGGCCCGAUCGAGAGUGCGUCGUCUCCCUUCACCAGGACGUACGAUUCACGUUCGCCGAGUUGCUCGGCCGAGCCGAUCGCCUCGCGGCCGGUUUGACGAAGCUCGGGCUGAGGGUUGGCGAUCGCCUCGCCGUAUGGGCGCCCAACGACGUCGAGUGGAUGAUCGCGUUCGUCGCCGCGACGAGGGUGGGCCUCGUCGCCGUCUCCGUGAACCCUGCCUACCAGCAGAACGAGAUCGACUAUUGCUUGCGAAAGGUCGAGGCAAAGGCCGUCAUCUCGCCCGACAGUUUUAAAACCCAGGAUUAUCCCGCGAUGCUGCUCCGUGCCAAACGAUCCUGCCCCGCUUUGGAACACAUUAUUAUCUAUUCCAGGGAUCACGUUGCGGGGACUCGCCGAUUCACCGACGUGGAACAACUCGCGUCCAGGAUCGAGGUCGAACGUGUCGCCGCGGAACAGGAUCGGAUAUCGUGCCUAAGCGGCAGCAAUAUACAAUUCACUUCGGGUACCACUGGAAAACCGAAGGCCACCCUCUUAUCGCACAGAUCGUUGCUGAAUAACUCUAAACAGGUGUGU